GUAAUUUUUGUGAAAAUCAGCGUUUCUCCUGAGACUUGAUAAAAAAAUCUAAAAAGAAAGAAAAGCCCCGGUGACACACGUUAGCUUGGCUCGUUUCGUCUACCUCUCUCUAUCCCCUAUUUCUCUGUCUACACAGUUUUCAUUUUCAGGCGCAUGACUAAUUUCUAGUGUUGUUACACACUCCUUCAGUCCAUGGCUAAAACUCGUACCAAUCGUCGAACCCUAGAUUCCUAUACCGUUAAAUCCAUCAGCAAAACCAUUCGAGCCGGCGACUGCGUGUUGAUGCGACCGUCGGAGUCAUCAAAGCCGUCGUACGUUGCAAAAGUUGAGAAAAUUGAGUCCGAUAGCCGAGGUGGCAACGUGAAGGUUCAUGUCCGGUGGUACUACCGUCCGGAGGAGUCGCUCGGCGGCAGACGUCAAUUUCACGGCUCAAAGGAAUUGUUUAUGUCCGAUCACCGUGAUAUACAAAGUGCCGAUACUAUUGAAGGAAAGUGUAUGGUCCACACGUUCAAGAGCUAUACCAAACUCGAUGCUGUUGGUAACGAUGAUUUCUUUUGCCGAUUCGAGUACAAUUCUGCUACUGGAUCGUUUAUUCCCGACAGAGUUGCCGUGUACUGUAAAUGUGAAAUGCCAUACAAUCCUGAUGAUCUCAUGGUUCAGUGUGAGAGCUGCAGUGACUGGUUCCACCCUGCUUGUAUAGACAUGACGCCUGAGGAAGCCAGGAGACUUGACCACUUCUUUUGCCAAAAUUGUUCAUCUGAAGAUCAGAAGAAAUUGCUAAAUCCUCAUGCUACUUCAAGACAUUCUGAUAUAAAGAUAUGCUACUGAAGCCGCAAGUUUUAAAAUUUGACGCGAGUAUUUCAGGUUGAGUCCAAACGCCGAAGGAGGUGAUACUUCUGCCUUUGCUGAAGGAACUGUAACAUUUAUCUUAUUUGGCCAGCGUGAUGCAAGCAAACACUGAGGCAACUAUAACUGCAUCAGAAGCAACUAUCAUGUGGACUAAUGUAAAGGGAAACUGACUGAAACUUUUUAUUACCUACUGGUUUGAUAGGCAUGCGUGCACCUUGUAUCUCGUUAAGUAGGUCGAGGAAGUGUUUGGUUGUGUGUAAUUAUUUACUGUAGGUUUCCUUUUAUGUUCUUCCACGCUGCUACUUAUUAGGGUGAUGGGGUGUGUUGUGUUUAUAUUUAAGUUAAAAGUAGCUUAGUGUGUUUUCUGUAAAUACGUGCUGGCGCUUGCUUGGCGUUUGCUGAAGCAAUAGCCUUCUGCUAACAUUUUCCUACGGAAACUGCUUACUAUGGUAUACUAAUUGCUUUUUUUUUGCCUUA